AUCUUGGUCUAACUUAUUUUGGUUAUAAACUAGUUGAAUUGUAUUAUGUUUAUUCAAAAUUGCCCCCUGGUCCACUACCGUUACCAAUUUUGGGAAAUAAUUUAAUGUUUUGGACAUCGGCUCACAUUGAUGUUGUUAUGCGUAGAUUGGCCAAAAAAUAUGGUCCCGUUUUUACCGUAUAUGUUGGCCAUAAACCCCAAGUAAUUGUUGCCGACAUAACCAUUGCCAAUACGUUGUUUAAGCAAAAAAAUUACAGUGGACGCCCGACAUUGUUUACAACUCAAUUUUAUACCAAUGAAAAUAUGUGCGAUAUUGCUACAAGCGAUUAUGAUGAACGUUGGGCAGCCCUACGAUUAAUUGGCCACAAAGCAAUAGUAAAUUAUUCGAGAGACGAAAAAUUGGCAAAAAUUAUUAGCGAUUGUGUGGACACAACCAUUAGAAAGAUUAGCCAAAAAGAGUCUAACAAACCGUUUAAGCCGAACACCUAUCUGUUUGAUUUGACAUUCAAUAUAAUAGCAAAAAGUUUAUUCAAAAAAUCUAUUCCGUUAACUGACAGUGAAUACGAUUUUAUUAAAUACUAUUGCCGUGACAUUAACAACGAAUUCAGUGGCAGUCGUAUACUAUUGGAUUUGUCGCCACUGUUUGGUUGGCUAUUCCCACAGAUUGCCCAAAAAUUUUCGAAGGCUAUCAUCAAAUUCAAUCAAUUCAAUUAUGAGAAGCUUAAGCUACACUAUUUGGAUAGCGAUAGGGGUGGCGAUGAUGGUUAUGAAUCGGUUGUCCAAAAUUACAAACUAGACACCGAUGACGAUGACAAUGAUUUUUGCGAUGCCAUUAUCAAAGCUAAACGGGACGGUCUACGGGAUAACAAGCAAUGGUCAAAAUAUCUGACCGACCGGAAUCUCGGUCUGAUGGUUUCAAAUAUGUUUGAUACAGGGGUGGCAACAAUGGACGAUAGUAGCCAAUGGUUGCUAUUGUGGAUGACCUACUAUCCCCAGUGUCAACAGUUGAUGAGACAGGAAAUCAGUGAGAUUAUUGGCGACCAACAGCCCCGACACUCUGAUAGAUAUCAAUGUCAUUAUGUGAUGGCAUUUAUAGCCGAAAUGUUACGCUAUAUGAGUCUAUUGAGUUUCUAUCAUAAAACAUUGGAAACAACUAAAAUAGAAAAAUAUACAGUUCCCAAAAACACUAUUGUACUGUUAUACUUGGGCCAUGUUAUGCGCGAAGAUAGCCAAUGGGGUACCGAUGGCCACAGUUUCCGACCGGAACGUUUCAUCGAUACGGAUACUGGCCACUAUACGGGCAGCAAAUGCCCGCAGCUGAUACCCUAUAGUGUCGGCCUCAGAAAAUGUGUGGCCGAAAAACUGGCCAACGCUACCUUGUUUAUCAUAUGCGUACGACUACUGCAGUCAACCAAACGUAUCGAACUGGCCGAUAGUCAGGGCAUAAGUCCCGAUCCAUUGAUUUCCGAUAGACGACUGCCCAGAGCCUAUAAGAUUGUUAUCGAACCGAAUAUUUGAAAUUUUUUGAAUUGAAAAAAAGACAACUAAAG